GAUGGAAAUUGCCAUUCAAAUAGUGUGGGUGUGCCCCAUCAUGUGAUUAUGUGGGGAAGGGCUUACCUAGGUCCCCAAAUAUUUUAUUCAAGUUGGCACCCCUGUAAUCUAACAGUUUUUGGCCAGGUAUGCAAAAGAUGAGUGAGGCCAUUUUCCCUCAGUGGGGGUCAAAAUCCCACCACCUGCUUCCAACCCUGAUUCCUGUGUAGGGCAGGACUAUGGGAUAGUCCUAGCAGUGUGUGAUAGUGUGUAGCUGUGGUUCCCCUUUUCGUGUGUCGUCCUAAUCCCUCUCGGUUGCUUGGCAAAAAAAAAAAAAAAGUAUUCCCUGAGCAUCUUAAACAGGGUCCUUUCUGCAGGUUUAUUGCCAUGUGGUGAAAGAAAUAUCCUAUUUCCAUGUGAGUGUUCUGUUGUGUGAUCUCUUCUUCCUCCUCUUUGGGACUUAUACUUCUAAAAGUACACUUUUGUGAAUCCUUAUAUUUGGAAGAUUGCAUUGUAGUAUGUGUGACCUUGUCGGUCUGCCAUCUAGUGGCAAGCACAGAAACCUGUUUGCUCUUCUGGAGCUAAAAGCCUGUCUGUCUUAACUGUUUCCCCACAGUUUUCUAUCUGAAUAAUCCAUAGCUCCUCUGCUAUUUUGUCACCCACACAGGAGUGCUUUCUGUUGUAGAGUAGUCAGAAGUUAUUCUAGGUUAAAAGCCCAGAAGGCCACAAGGCCUAUAAAAAUAUCAGACAUAUGGAGGCAACUAGUUUUGUGCUUCGCAUGAAUGCUAUGUAAAAAGCUGAACAUGUCACGUGCUCUUAAUAUAAUUUUAUGAGUUAGGUGGGGUAGGUUGUAUGCCUGAACUUCCUUCUAAUUCCUGGAUCCAGCAUUGAUUCAAUUUCUGGAAUAGCUAGGGUAGGUUCCUGGUGAGGUAAUGGCCCUCUAAGUAUGGGCCAUUAGGUAACAAAGGAAGUGGUUCUGUGCCAGAUAACAAAUACGCGGGUCCUCCACUCCCUUUGUUAGAAAGACAAAAGCCAGAAUUGAAAGUUGAGUGAUGUAAGCUAGAAGCUGGAAGACAGAGCUAUGCCUGAUUUCUGUCUCAGGCACAGGUUGUUGUUUUGUUAUUGUUUAGUCGUGUCUGACUCUUCGUGACCCCAUGGACCAGAGCACGCCAGGCACGCCAGGUUGUAUAUAUGUAAAUAAACCAUUGAUCCUAAAGACACCAUAGUCUUUGCUGUCCCUCAUUCCAAGGAAACUGAAACUUGGGUAAGCACCUGGUCAUUGAAAUGCACAUCAAAUGCAAAACAUUUGGCAGAGAAAGGGAGGCAUUUUAUUUAUUUGAAAGAAAAGCAUCAACAAUUUAGAGAAAUAUACGUACCAUUUCAAAAAUAAGAAAACACUGAUUAUGUAAAAGCUCAUACCUAGAAAGCUUAUACUUAGUUGGUCUUUAAGGUGCUACUGGAACAUCUUUCAAUAUAUAUUUUUUAAUCUUUCAUCAUUGUUAUUUAUUAUGACAGACCAACAUGGCUACAUUACCUGAAUCACUGAUUACGUAUGUUAUAUCAAACCAUAAUAUCUUGCUACAAGUUCCCUUACAUUGCCAGAGGCCAAAGCUCAUGUUCUUUGGUAACUAUUUAAUAAAGUUGAUGUGCAUAGCAUAGAAAUUGUCUAAUUAUUUUGAUAUGCCAACACAUAAUGGGCCAGUUUCUCGUUCAAAGCCACACAAGUUCCAGAGCUGCUGCUGCCAGUCCAACUUAAAGUUUGCUUUCAAAAUCCUCUACAGCUUUUCUGUAGUGGAUUUAGCCACAGUUCAUAUAAUCACAUCUUUAUGGAGUCUUCAAAGAUAAAAAUGGAGGGCAGGUUUAGGAUUUAGCAUGGAUUUUUUUGUCCUGCAAUAUGCUCCACUUCUUUAGACACUUUUAUCCAAUCCUGGGAUACUCUUGAACUCAGUACUGGAAGCCAGCUUGUAACCAUCUGGUAAGUAUUGUUCAGUGAAGGCCAGCACAGUUUGAAGCUUCCAUAACUACUACUGCGGGAGUUAAAAUUGCUGCUGGAUGCAACACCCAUUCUCUAAAAGUAGAGCUGCUGAGAUAUUUCCUAUAAUGCAAUUUCCCAAGGGUAGUGGAAUUGAGUAGCCAUGGCAGCACACUUUGUCUAUGAUAGAAUGCUUUAAGUUGUCAUUCAAUGAGGAUCUUUCAAUUUCUCUGGCUGACAUUCACUUGCUCAGACAAAUGGAAUCAUAGUUCUUAUGAUAAUGGUAGUUGCCCCUCAAUUACAUAAAGGUGCUUAUAAAGAUCAGAUGUUUUAGACUUGGCUAUGGCUAGUGCUUAUUAGCCUGGAAACACGUAACUAGAAAGCUCUGCUGUGGCAGACACAUCAUUUAUGUUAACUUUUUGGGUGUCCUGGAAACUAAAAAGAGAUCACAAGAGUUUAGCAACCAAUUUAGCAACCUCUAUGUAAAUCUUUAAUUGGUUACAAGUUUUGACCUUUUCAAUAAAUGGCUCUUACGCCAGGAACAGAGUUGUUACAAAGCUAGAAGCCUGUAGUGAUUAGUUAAUGAACACAAUGGCUCAAAAUAAACAAUUCUAGCCCCAGAUGGUACAAGGCAGAACCAGUUAGAUCUGUACAUUGGUAUUUGGCUACUACUUUUUAUGUUAUUAACAUCAUGAAAACAAUCCUACAUUUAACUGCAGCUGCAAUGAGGCACAAACAGCUAUACCAAUAUGACUGCAUAGAAAAUAUAUGUGACAUUCACUGGUGUCCAUAUGCUAUCAAAAUGGGCUUUCACCUAUGCAUUCCUGUCCUCUCACCCUCACCUUUCAGCUCCUGCAAACUCCCAGAAUCUGUGUUGGGCACUUUGGGAAUCAUUGAGUAGAUGGGCAGUGGGCAGGCACAGAGGAAAUCCUGUUGUGCAGGAAAGGUCCAGGUUGUGAGGUACUGGCUCUGUUCAGGCUUGCUUAGCUGCUGGCAUUAUAUUAUUUGCUCUGCAUUUCUAUUGUCUUAUUUUAUUUGUUCCGUAAUUCUUGAAAGGUGCAUUGGAAAUCCAAAUCUGAGAGGCAAUACUGCAAGUGGCUGCUGGUGAUGUCCACUCUCUGCUGACUCUGGCCUAAAUGGAAGUGAACUUGCACCAGCCGCAAGUGGCUGCGCCAUGCAUAUGCUGUUGCCUUCACCACUGGACUAUAGAGGGGGGAAGCAACCAGCAGAGGAGGGACAGGCCUCAGAUGCACCCAGAGAAACUCACCUUUCCCACAGAGAAGAGACUGACGUGGGUCUAAAAGCUUCAGGAACACGAACUUGCUCUGAAAGGGAGGAGGCUCACUAGAGAUCUGCUAGCAACAAGUAAGACUCCACAAAUCAACUUCACCAUAUUCCAAUAUAAGGAGAAAUAUUUACAGGACAGAAGAUGCUUUUGUCCCAAAGAUAUCUACAGAUGGUAACAUUUUUGUCCAUUUUUUUUCUUGUUUGGUUUGCAACAUGUCAAGAAACAAAAACUAAGAGAGGAGUGGCAGAAUUCCAGUUCUUGCAUAACAAAGGAAAUCUCCGUGAAGAGUUAAACCGACUGAUUUGGCUCCACCAAGCCAUGGGAGGAGUGCACACAGCCGUGGGCAGGGACAUCCCGCAGGCACACAUUGUGUGGACCUCCCCAAAGAACCAAGACCUCUCCGAUCUCUCUGAUGGAACUGGCAGAGAAGAGUCUCUAGAAAUGAUGAAGCAACUGCUGCUGGGAUUGAUGGAGAAGGAAGAGCCUGUUGCUGUCCUCAGGAAAACAAAUGUGUUGCAGUAUCUAAAGAAUGUAAAGGGCAAUCAGGACUGGCAAGAUCUUUCUGACCUAUUUCAAGGUGGAGAUCAAGAUGGCAAAAGAAAUCUCAGCACCCAGACAUAGAUUUCCUGACCGAACCUAUUGCAGUCCAUCUGCUACUUGAUACACUGAGGGAGAUCAAAAGAAAAGUUGAUUAACAAAGAAAAUGUGCGUUUGUGCCAUUUACUACUCCUUUGUA